AUGUUGGGAUAUCUGCACUUUAGCUACGACUCGCACACAUUGCCCAAGUCCGAAGCCAUCAAUCUGAAGCGGAUAAAGCUACAUCCUAUUCCCGCCCCAAACGACCGCAGUAUUGGGGUAUACUAUAGUCAGGUCACCGCCGAAGAUCCUAGUUCAAAAAUCUAUAUUUCUGCCCCUUAUGAACCAAUACCCAACUCUUCUAGACGGGCUGAACAUGAGGAAGAACAGCGAGAGAGACAACGAGAUAAGCAGAUUGCAGACUAA